CAAACUUAUUUUUUGCCAAAAAAAGUGUAUUUUUAAGAAAUUAAUAGAUUAAUUAAAGAUUUAAUCAUUAGAAUCAAUUAAAAAAGUAGCAAACGAUGAAUAAGGAAGAAGAUGAAGAGAUGUGGACAGAGGAUAUGGAUGGAUUUCCAGCAACAGGCGAAUUUAGCUUACAAAAUAUUGCAAAAAACUUUUCAAAACAGGAUUAUAUUAUGGAACCGUCUAUUUUCCUUCAAUUAAAGAGAUACUUUCAAGCCGGCGGAGAACCAGAGCUUGUAAUUGACCAACUAUCACAAAAUUAUACAGCAACAGCUCAAAUGGCUAAUUUACUAGCUGAUUGGCUUGUUGUAGCUGGAAUGGAUGGAAUUGAAGUUCAAGCUAUGGUUGAAAAUCAUCUAAAAGACAUGAUUUUAAAGAUUUUUGAUCCAAAGAAGGCAGAUACAAUCUUCACGGAAGAAGGUGAAACACCAUCGUGGUUGACAAUGUUAAUUGAGCAUAAGACAUGGAGAGAUUUAAUAUAUCGAUUAGCUGAAGAAUAUCCAGACUGUUUGAUGUUAAAUUUUACAAUUAAGCUAAUUUCUGAUGCUGGCUAUCAAAGUGAAAUCACGUCGAUUUCAACAGCAGCACAACAACUGGAGGUUUUCUCCCGUGUCCUUAAAACAUCCAUUACAAAAAUCUUAUCAAAGAAUCCAUCAGACGAAGAGUGGCAUACAGCAAUAGAAGAAUUAGCAAAAAUGGUAUGUUUUGGUCAGCACACUUAUAUCUAUUCUCAAAUCUUAGUUCAUGUAUUAGCGCAAGAAACAAAAGGUGGACAUAAUAUGAAACGUAUUGCACAAGAAGUGCAACAAUAUGCUUUAAGAAAUGGACUGAAUGUAACUCCAAUGACAAUGGCACUUUACGGAAACACACAAAUUGAACAUCCACAAGCUUGUGAAGCUUUAUCUUCAAUGUUAUCAAGAAAUUGCUUAAAUCCAGCUGAUAUUAAUGUCCUUUAUCGAUGCUAUUCAAGCACGUCACCUGCUCCACCAAUUGAUCUCGUUCGUAAUCCCCAAUUUCUUGAUCUUUUGGUUGAUUCACUUUUUAAAGCAGGCGUUAAAAUUAAUCAGGAACAUAAAUCAAAAUAUAUUUAUCUUCUGGCUUAUGCGUCAAGUGUAAGUGAAACAAUGUCAGGAAAGAAAGGCUCAAAUAAGCAAAAAGUCAUUCAUAAAGAAGAAUUAAAGCCAACAGUACAAGCUAUUGAGCAAGUCCAUUCCAUUUGUAAUUUAAAUAAAGGAUCGACGGAAUUAAUUGCAGAAAUUCAAGCGCUUUAUAACUGCAUUAAAUUCCCAGUUGUUGGCGUUGGCCUCAUUCGAUGGAUUGAAGCAACAGUAACGGAACCGUCAUUCUUUAAGUUAUGCACUGAAUCAACUCCCAUUCAUUUGGCCAUUCUCGAUGAAAUAGCAAAUGUUCAUCCAUCAUUACAUGAUGGAAUCCUUAAACUUCUGAUUCGACUCUUUGAAUCGAAACAAGACGAAUUGGAAAUUUUAGUGCAAUUAGAGUUGAAGAAAAUGUUGCUUGAUCGAAUGAUUAAUUUACUGACUAGGGGCUGUGUUAUGCCAGUUGUUAAAUACAUCAAGCAAUGUUGUGCUAAAGGUGAUACAGACGUUUCAUUAAUUCGUUACUUUGUAACUGAAGUUCUGGAAACUAUUACGCAACCAUAUUCACCAGAAUUUGUAAGUCUAUUCCUGCCUAUGGUCGAGAAUGAAGACAUUACAAAUCGUAUGAAUGACGAGGAAAAUGAUCCAUUUGCUGAGUUUAUUGUACAAGCGAGAGCCAAUAUGUUUAGUAACUGAGCUUGUAACAGAAAUAAAAGUGAGAUGGAAAAAAAGCUCGACGACAAAAAAAAUUAAUGGGUGGAGCUAAAAUUCGUAGCAAGUAAUUUUUAUGCUUUUCUCUCUUUU